AUGGCCGAUAAAAAGAAAUGUAUACUCAAUUACGCACCAUAUGGUGGCUAUCACGUCAAAAAUCUAGCAUCUUUGGAUGAAAGAUACAAGUGUCCAGUAUGCAAAUUGAUAAUUAAAAACGGUGUUCAACUUAUCUGUGGUGACAGAAUAUGUCGUUUAUGUGUUCCACAUAUAAAAUGUAGCGAUGUACAAUGUCCAGAAUAUUCACAAACUACAUUAGUCUCACAGAUUGUAGAUGAUAAAGGAUUCAAUAAUGAUAUUCAAACAUUGGCUAUUACUUGCAGUUCAUGCGAAUGGUCAGGUGAAUUAAAGAAUUAUCAAAAUCAUCUUGAACAAAUACAUAAUCAUUAUCAAUGUUCAUAUUGCAACGAAACAUUCAGUUCAUCAACAAUAUUCAAUCAACAUCAAGAAACAACAUGUUCACAAAUGCCAGUGAACUGUAUUCUUCACAAAUAUGGUUGUGAAGAAAAAAUAUUGCGCUGUGAUUUGUCGAAACAUUAUCUUACUGAAACACAUCAACGAAUUUUGCUAUUAUAUAUUUUACAAGUUCUUAUAAAUAUAUCUGACCGAAGUCAACCAUUGACACAACUUGAUACAAAUGUUGAGCGAACAACAAUCGAUCUUCUAACUAAUAUAAAUACUAUCGCAACAACUACGUUGAAAGCGGAUAAAUACAAUGUUCAACAAGAAGGUAUCAAAGAAAUGAUAUCUAUCAUGUCCAAUGGGAUAGAGUCAUUGAAUGACGAUUCACAAAUACUGAGUGAUGAGUUAUUGCAACAAUCGUUAUUAGUAGAAGCAAUUCAUCAACGCUUAGAAAUACUAAAAACAUCAUGUGAAGAAUCGAAUGCUAUUUUACAUGCACAUACUAUGAAUAUGGAUAUUCUUCAACAGGAAUGUCGUUCAUUAAAACAGACGGUUUCAGAAAAUGAAUCAAUUUCCUAUGAUGGAACAUUUAUAUGGAAAAUUACCGAUGUUAAAGAGAAAAUGAUCGAUGCUGAAUCUGAACGUCAACCUUCAAUUUAUUCGCCACCUUUCUACUCUUCACCUACAGGUUACAAAAUGUGCGCCCGCCUUUAUAUGCACGGUGAUGGAAAUGCACGUCGUACUCAUAUGUCUCUCUUUUUUGUUUUAAUGCGAGGAUCAAACGAUACUGUACUUCAUUUUCCAUUUAAAUACAAAGUUACAUUUUGUUUAUUUGAUCAGACUGGUCAACAAAACCAUAUUAUCGAUUCAUUUCGACCUGAUAUAAAAUCAUCCAGUUUUCAAAGGCCACAAUCGAAUAUGAAUAUUGCUAGUGGUAUUCCGAAGUUUGUACCAUUGGCCGUAAUUGAACAGAACGAUAACCCAUAUGUUAAAUUGGAUACUAUGUUUAUUAAAAUAAUGGUCGAUUUUGAAGAUCUACCGAAGGCAAUAUUACCCUAUGCAUUAAGUUUAAAUCCGGGUUUGCCGACAGAAUGUCAACAUAAAAUGAUUCGUCAAGAAAUAGAACGACAAGCACAAUUACAAUCUAAAACAACAUCCGAAACAAAUUUGACUAAGAAGAAAGAAAUAAUACAUGGAUCUUCAAAAAAGGAUGGUUAA